AGUGCAGAAAGAAAAAUGAGAGUGAUUGAGAGAGCGUGGGAUCAAGCAAGAGAGAGCUUGUAAAAGCACAGAUUUCUUUAGACUUUAAACAGAAUAGAUAGAUAGUUGAUUGUAGUUUGAUUCCUGCAAAGAAAAAGGUUGUAUAGGAUAAGAAUUUCAAUUGACCUUAACAUUAUCCCAAGGACACUCUGAUUUAAUAUACUAAUAUACAUUCUAUCACACGAAUGGAGUAUUUAGGGCAAACACAAACCGCUUCCUAUAUGACAGGACCGCGUAUGGAUGGUGGUGGCACUCCCACAUUUCUACCGUCUAUUACAACAAUGAGGUCAUCGUACAAAGCUUAUGAUACGUAUCCAGCUCCUACUCCUUUAAGGAGAUCCCUAACUACGCUGCCAUGGAGACCAACCACAUACUACAGCGCUGCAAGAGUUGAACCAAGUAUCUCAAAUACAAAAAGCAUGCCUGAACCUUUAUCAGACAAAAAUAGAUUGACCGAAUUGGAUAGUAUCAAGGUUCCACCAGUGUUUGCUGCAGCUAGAAAUGCACUUUAUACAAGAUAUACACCAAAUGAUUGGUUGGCUUCUAAUAGUAGCAAUGUUAUGGCAUCAGAUAGAGUUAGAGGGGGUUCAGAACGUCUUAGGUUCGACACUGUUCGCUUGUGUAGGGAAGCUGAUGACAAAACCAGACGAGCUCAAUCCGAUGUUGGUAAAAAAUUGGGAGAAAGACUGGGAGAUAUUCAAUUUUGGAAGACUGAGGUUAAGAAUGAAACUGAUAACAUGGUUAACGAAAUUGAUGCACUUUCUAGAUCCAAAUCAGUUUUAGAAAAAGCACUUGCAGAAACUGAAAACCCACUGCACAUUGCUCAAGAAUGUUUGUACAAUCGAGAAAAGAGACAAGGAAUCGAUCUAGUUCAUGACAACGUCGAGAGAGAAUUGAUUAAGGAAGUUGACACUAUCAAAAGAUGCCAGGAAAAGAUGAGACAAGUUAUCGACAAAGCAAACGCUCAAUUGGCAUUGAACAGAGCGGCUCAGCACGAACUAGAAAAGGAUUCACGCGAUAAAGAAGUAGCAACAAAUCUUGAUGAAACUUGCCAUGGUCUAAGGAAUACCUCCAGAGGAAUAGCCUUCCACGAUGGUAUUGAGAGAGUCGAUAAUACAGUGUCCGUUCCAGAAACUUGGGCCAAGUUUUCGCAUGAUAAUGUUGCUAGAUCUCAAGCAGAAAGAAAAGCUUCAAAGGACGUCCGCGAUCAAAUCGAAGCUCUUUUGAACGAAUGCUCCUCGGCUAUGAUGAAUCAGUGGAAUGUCGUCAAUAGCGCUUUCUCUGACAGAAUUAAAGAGUACAUUGAUGCAAAGAACAAACUGCAGAACGCUUUAAGCAAGACACUGCAAGAGGUCUUCGAUAUGGAAAAGAAUAUUGAACUGUUGAAAAAGACUAUAACCGACAAACAAGCUCCACUUCAAGUUGCCCAAACAAGAUUGGCGACAAGAACUCGCAGACCCAACGUUGAAGGUUGUCGCGAUCCAGUUCAACACAGGUUGGUUGAAGAAGUACACGAAAUUUCUGAAACGGUUGAAGCUCUUCAAGGCAAACUGAGAGAAGCUGAAAAUGCUUUGCAACAUCUUCUAAGAACCAAAUCAUCAUUGGAACACGAUCUGGCUAUUAAGAAUAAUUCUUUGUUUAUCGACAGAGAGAAGUGUAUGGGUAUGCGUAAAACCUUCCCAAUGUCACCAAGGGUCGUUAGCUAUUGAAAGUUAAGAGAAAAUAUUUUUUAAAGCAUUCUCUUUUUAAAUUUUAUGGCACGAUCUGUGAUAAUAAUAUUUGAUUUAAAGCAUUAAUUUUUUCAUACUGGUUUUAGCACUUAUAUCAUCUGUAUUAAGAAAUAUCUACACUAAUAUUAAGUAAACUAAUCUUAAAAAUAUCAAUAUAUGAUAUGCAAUUAAUUUUAAAGUUGAAAAAAGGAAAUACUGCAAAAAACAAGUACACAAUACAUUUUUCCUAUUCAAUAACUUUAUAAUUUCUAUUGUGACCUUAAAGUAUAAUAUCAAAUUUAAGCUUUUCCUUGUUUUUGUAUCAUUUUUUAUUAUUUUUCAAUAUGCUUUUCAAUGAGAAGUUAAAAUAAAGAAGAAGGCUAAAGAAAAACUUUUGGAUUAUUUUUCUUCAUUUUAAUUUUCGGCAUGAUGACUUACUUAUUUUAUUAUUAGUCAUUACAUUAAUAUUUUACGAAUUUAAUUGUGAUAUUUUAUGCUAUGCACCUGGUUUCGAACUGCCUAAAAUAUUGAUUGAUCAGUAUUAAAAAUAUCUUGUAAUGUCGUUUGUAUUGUUUAAAUGAGGCACAAACAAAUCAAAAUUCACGCUUUCAUUUCGAAUAAAUCAAUUUAAAGGUAUAUAUUUAUAUUUCCAAAGGAAUAUUUAUAUAUCUCUAUUUUUGCAUAAUUAAAUGGUAAUAUUUCGAAGUAAGGGAUUUAUUUAUGAAACAUCUAAUAUAUUCCAGCUUUGUAAAGUACAAGAAUAACAUCUAUAGAAUUUGUGACGAAUAAAAUUCAAAUGAUAAUAUUCAUGUAUGAUAAAUUUAAACGCACAUUGCUAUUUUUAAGGUAGAAAGUUAACUUAGCAACAGGAUAAUGUUUUAAAAAGUAGAAAUACUGAGGGAAGGAGGCUAAUUUGAACAGGGGAAUGUGGUUGUUCGUCAAAUAGGCUAUCACUCGAUCGACAGCUAUAAUUGUACUUAAUUAUUUAGUAUCGUUAUGGAUUAGCAAUUUUCUCUAUACCUUUAAAUUUAUACAGCCAAUAAACUGUACCUUUACCGAGAUCUAAGAAUAAAAGAUAUUGAUGAUUCAAACUAAAAGACUAAACAUUGAUAUUUGCUACCGGAAAUUUUUU